UCGCGAGAUAAUGUCGUGAUUUGCGGAGCGGGAAUCAUUGGCAGUGCCAUUGCCUAUUAUCUCGCCGAGAAAGGAGUGAAGGCUACCGUGGUAGAGAAAGGAGAUGUGGCCUGUGCUUCAUCAGGAAAAGCAGGGGGCUUCCUGGCGUUGGACUGGAACGAUAGCACCGCCGUGGGGCCGCUCGCGCGGCUGAGCUAUGUGCUACACAAGGAACUGGCGCAAAGCCUGGGUGCAGACACAGGGUACAGGGAAGUGCGCACCUAUUCAGUGAAGAGCCUCCAAUCAGUGUGGCCUGAGGGCUCCGUGUGUGCAGGCAGGAGGAAAGCAGCGAGGAAGGAUGGGCUAGAUUGGCUGGACGGCAACAUCUCCCAAGUCAGGGAGAUGGCAGAGGAGGGGACGACGGCGCAGGUGCACCCAGAGAAGCUUACGCGAGCGUUCCUGGACAGCGCUCUCAGCAGAGGAGCAAAGCUGGUGCACAGGACUGUGCAAGGGAUUGCCUUGAGUGUGAGGCUGGAUGGUGAAAUGCUGCCGGCAGGAAGGGUGGUGAUAGCGAUGGGCCCCUGGAGCGGGGACGCCGCGCGAUGGCUACCGGGGCUGCCGCGCAUCAGCGGCCAGAAGGCUCACAGCAUCCUCGUGCGGCCCUCGCGGCCCGUGGGCGCCGACUGCCUCUUUGCACAGGUUGUCAGCUCUUCAGGGCAGCGAAAGGAGCCGGAGGUGUACCCGCGGCCGGACGGGAGCGUUUACAUCUGUGGAGAGAGUGAUGAUAGCAGACUCCCCGAUGACCCCCUCGCCAUUACCCCACGUGGCGACGCCAUGACCGCCCUUCAAGAGGCGGGCGGUGUUAUUUCGAGCGCGCUGGCGGAGGGAACGCUGGAGGCGCAGCAGGCCUGCUUCCUGCCCACCUCGCCCGACGGCCUGCCCGUUCUGGGCAGAAUCCCCGGCAUCGACGGCGCCUACAUUGCCAGUGGGCACAGCUGCUGGGGCAUCCUGAAUGCUCCGGCAACAGGGAAGGCAAUGGCAGAGCUCGUCGCUGACGGGGCAGCAAAGUGCGUGAGCCUGGCGGCCUUUGACCCUGCACGCUUCUUGCGCUGA